GGGGGCGGGGGCGGAGGAGGAGGAGGAGGGCAUCGUCACAUCACAUCAUUUUCCAUCAGCUUCAUCUGCGAAAACACAACCCAUAAUUUCUUCCACGAAGAUACAUUAAAAUUACAAGCAUGGAUACCUCGGGCAAAGAAAAAGAGGCUAUCCAGCUGAUGGCUGACGCGGACAAAAAAGUCAAGUCGUCCGGUUCGUUUCUUGGAGGGAUGUUCGGAGGAAACCACAAGGUAGAGGAAGCGUGUGAGAUGUAUGCAAGAGCUGCCAACAUGUUUAAAAUGGCAAAGAACUGGAGUGCUGCAGGCAGUGCUUUCUGCCAGGCUGCAAAACUUCAUAUGCAAAUGCAGAACAAACUGGAUGCUGCCACCAGCUUUGUUGAUGCUGGAAAUGCGUUCAAGAAGGCGGAUCCCCAAGAGGCUAUAAACUGCUUAAAUGCAGCCAUCGACAUAUAUACGGACAUGGGUCGAUUUACAAUUGCAGCCAAACACCACAUGACUAUUGCGGAAAUAUACGAGUCUGAGCUGGUGGAUAUCGAAAAGGCAAUGGCCCAUUAUGAGCAGGCAGCUGACUAUUAUAAAGGAGAGGAAUCUAAAAGCUCUGCCAACAAAUGUCUCCUGAAGGUUGGCUUUUACUGUGCACAGCUGGAACAAUAUCCAAAAGCCAUUGAAAUCUUUGAGCAGGUUGCAACUAGUACAAUGGAUAAUCCACUUCUAAAGUACAACGCAAAGGAGUACUUCUGGAAGGCUUCACUGUGCCACUUCAUUGUGGAUGAAUUAAAUGCAAAGCUGGCCAUAGAGAAGUAUGAGAGCAUGUUUCCAGCAUUCUCAGACUCAAGAGAAUGUAAGCUUUUGAAAAAACUACUGGAAGCACAUGAAGAGCAAAACAACGAGGCAUUCACUGAGGCUGUGAAAGAAUUUGACUCAAUCUCCCGUCUGGACCAGUGGCAGACCACCAUGUUACUCCGCAUCAAGAAGACGAUCCAGGGAGAUGCCGGUGACCUAAAGUGAAUCGGCAGUAACACCACGGCACACUUCCCUGCUCAUUUUUAUGUUUUAUUGUGACAAUCUGGUUGAACACUUCUGUAGUGAUGCUAGCUCCAGUAUGUGCCCCGAUGCCAGUCUUUUAGUUCAAAGGUGGAUGGUUUGUAUAAUAAGACUAGCAUUCAGGACACUAGAGUCACAUACUGUGUCAGUAUUAAAACAUUAUUCUAUUUAAUGACUAGUGUUGUCUUUUAUCCCUUUAGUGCAGAGAUGAUGCAGCUUAGCCACAUUCAUUAUUUGACAGUUUCACUCAGUGUCGGUGUGUGGCAUGGAAAAAAAAAAGACCAGAGAAUAAAUGUGUUUCUGUAUGUUCUGUGUAUUCAUUGUAAUGUUGUCGCUGGCAUUGUCUUGCAUGAUAAAUGUUCAGAUUUCAGGAUGUGAUCUCAUGCUUGUGCACUUUAUUUUGAAAUCAUGGCUAUGUAAGAUUUAUUUCAGAUUAAAUCUGUAUUGCUCUUAUUUAUGUUUAAGCUGUUUAGUUACCCUUAUGUUGGAAUAUUGACAUUUGUAGAUGACCUAAGAAGACCUACAUGUUACAUAUCAUUGUGUCACUGUGUUGCUCAUAAAUAUAAGACGCAUCAUAAAAUGUU